AUUAUUGCAGAUUUAGAAUGGGCAAUUGGUUUGAAUCGCUUUAUGUUAAGAAUUGUGGGUUUAUGGCCACAAGAGAGUAAAAAUCAACGUGAAGAAUUAUUGUCCAAACUUCGGUUGUUACUUCAUGUGAUAAUGCUGAUUUUUGUACUCACAAUACCAGCUUUAGCGUCGCUGAUAAGGGUCUGGGGCGAUAUGUUAUUAAUGAUAGAUAAUUUGCAAUUUACAUUACCACUUUUAAUUACGACAUUAAAGGUCUUCAUCAUGUGGUACAACAAAGAAGCUUUAUCACCAUUGAUUAAAAUGAUUGUGAAAGAUUGGAUAAAGAAGAAAAUGAAAGAAGAGCGAAGUGUCAUGCUAAAGCAAGCUAAAAUUACUCGCUUACUCGCCACAUGCGGACUAUUCAUGAUAUUUCUUACAGUAUUGGUCUCUCUUGGCUCUAUGCUUUCUGGACGAACGCUUAGAUACGUGACAAAUUUCACUGAUCCUGGAAAACCGUUGUCAAUCCAAGCCUACUAUCUGCACGAUGUAUCCAGCAGUCCGAAAUACGAGCUAACAUAUUUAGCACAAAUAAUCUCGCAGAUUAUAUCUGGUCUUUCUUAUACCGCAGUCGACAAUUUUCUUAGCUUACUGAUUCUUCAUAUAUGUGGCCAGAUGGAAAAUCUACACUUGAGAUUGUUGAACUUGAAGAAUGAUGCGAAUUUUAAAACAGUUUUAAAGUUUAUCGUAAAUGACCAUAUCCGAUUGAUCAGAUCUAUAAAAAUUAUCGAUAAUAUAUUCGAUUUAAUGCUGCUCGGUCUGUUAUUUUUAUUUGGU